CAGUUACGUCAUAGAUUUUCGAGGAGACACAACUAUUACCAGUAUUUCACAUAAUACUUCUUGCAUACCCCGGUUUUUACAGCAUAAGGUAAUUUCCGCAGUUACAGUCGCAUCGUUUUAUUAAUCAAUAAAUUUUUGAACUGAAAAUGGGUGAAAGUAAUAAUUUAAAUUAAUUCCGAAAUAAACAAAUUUCUUUGUUUUAACGUCUUUAGUCAUAAUAUUGUGUUAAAACUGACAGAUUCUCCCCUGGUGGUGUGUUAUCGUGGAAUUGAAAAAAAUAAAUUGCAACUUAAUAAUUUGAGAAAUACUCUAUGAGAUAAGUGUUGUUAAGACGUAUUAUUGACAAAAUAGCCACGACACAAGUCAGAAGUCAAUCAUUUCAAGAUUAAAGUUAGUGUAAAAUGUCAAAAAUUCGUGAAACGAAAGAUUUUCGUGUCGCUGAUAUCAGAAAACCAACUCGUAUCUUAAGAAAUGGGUCGGGUGAUGAUUAUGAGCCUAUUUCUGUGCCUGAUGUAUUAACAAGAUCUGUUGAAAAAUAUGGUGAUCAUCCUGCAUUAGCCUAUCAAGAUCAUCAAACAAAGAGUUGGAAGUUUAUAAAUUAUCGCGAAUACAAAGGAAAAGUAGAGCAAUUUGCGAAAGUUUUCAUCAAAUUGGGAUUGAAAAGAUACAGCAGCGUCGCAGUGCUUGCUUUUAACAGUGUGGAAUGGUUUGUCACGGAGCUAGCAGCAAUUCAUGCAGGUGGUGUCAUCACUGGAAUCUACACAACCAACAGUGUUGACUCAACACAUUUUGUACUUGAGCAUUCUGGUGCAACAAUAGUCGUUGUUGACGAUGCCAAGCAAAUGGAUAAAGUCAGGGAAAUUAAGAGAAAAAUGCCACAUCUAAAGGUUGUCAUUCAAACGCGAGAACCUUUCGCUGAAUCUUCUGAUGGCUUUUACCGUUGGGAUGACUUAGAGCAAAUGGAUACCAGUGAUGUUGAAGAAGAAUAUCAAAAACGAUUAGCUGAUAUUCAUGUCAAUGAUUGUUGCAGCUUGAUAUUCACAUCAGGAACUACCGGACGUCCCAAGGGCGUAAUGCUGAAUCACGACAACUUAACAUUUGUCGCUAGAACUGGUUGUGAGUUUGAAUCUAUGCAUAAAGCUCAUGAGGUGUUGAUCUCGUACCUGCCUCUGUCGCAUAUUGCGGCACAAAUUGUUGACAUUUAUGCGAGUCUAACAAUUGCAGCGACAAUUUAUUUCGCCGAAAAGGAUGCUUUGAAAGGAUCUCUAUCGAAGACACUACGUCAAGUUCGACCAACAAGAUUUCUUGGAGUUCCACGUGUCUAUGAAAAAAUGCAUGAAAAGAUGCUGGAAAUUGGUGCGAAUCAGAAUUUCAUCAUGCGUUUCAUUGGAAGUUGGGCGAAGAGUGUAACGUUGCAACAUCACAUGGACAUCAUGGCUGGAAAACCAUCAAAUUCUCUUCAAUACCAACUUGCGCAAAAGUUUGUCAUUUCAAAAGUCAAACAAGCGAUGGGAUUCGAUCGAUGCGUAACAUUCAGCUCAGGUGCAGCUCCAAUGAAUGUCGAUACGAAGAAAUAUUUCAUGAGUCUUGGAAUGCCAAUUAUUGAGAUUUUUGGAAUGUCAGAAUCGAGUGGUGGUCACUCAUUUUCAACACGCGACGCUCCAUCGUUCGACACAAUCGGAAAAGGUUUGCCGGACUUUAUGACACGUAUCAAGAAUCCGGAUGCGAAUGGCCAAGGUGAGAUCUUAAUCAAAGGUCGUCAAGUCAUGAUGGGCUAUAUAGGUGACAUUGAUAAAACGUAUGAGACGAUUGAUGACGACGCGUGGUUGUCAACUGGCGAUGUCGGUUACGUUGAUAACGAUGGCUACAUUUUCAUCACGGGACGUCUCAAGGAGAUCAUCAUAACUGCUGGCGGUGAAAAUAUUCCACCAAAUCACUGCGAAAUGUUAGUGAAGAGUGAAAUACCAGCGAUUUCAAAUGCUUUUCUAGUCGGUGACAAGAAGAAGUUCUUGACAAUUUUAAUCACUUUAAAGACGCAAAUGGCACCGGACACUGGCGAGCCGCUUGAUGAUUUGUCAUUGGAGACAUUGAAAUGGCUUGAUUCAUUUCAUGAUGUUAAGUAUACAAAACUGAGUGAUAUUCUUGCAAAUGGACCCGAUCCAGCUGUCGUGCAAGCGAUUCAAAACGGUAUCGAUCGUGCUAAUCGAAAUGCCAUUUCAAAUGCACAAAAGAUACAAAAGUUUGCAAUUCUACCGCACGACUUUUCAAUUCCAACAGGAGAGUUUGGACCGACACUUAAAGUCAAACUGUUUAACAUCAAUAAUCCACAAGAUUUGAACAUGGUUUGGAUGAAUAACAGUGGAAAUUCGGGUCUUCCUACAAUCACCAGUGUAGCAGGUGGUACUGGCAACCAAAUGAUCAUCGAUGAAAACAGCAUCGGAUAUUUUAAUGCUCAACAUAAUGCCGCAAAUAUUGCACAACAACAACAAGCUCUUGUUGAAAUGAAUCAACAAAUGCAAAAUACGAACUUCAUUAGUGACUUUCCAACCAACACGGCGACAAUUUCAAAUGCAAACGAUUUAUUUGCACUUCAACAGCAACAAAUGCAACUUCAACAACAAUUAAAUCUUGCAGCUUAUGGGAAUAUAGUAAAUAUGGGGAAUAUUUUGGCAAAUAGCAGUGGGAUGACGAAUGAAGAUGAAGAAGAGGAGGAGGAGGAGGAAGAAGAAGAGGAGCAUGAACAAGAGCAGACAGCAGAUUAUGAUGAAGACAAUUCAAAUACCAGUGAGCUGACGUUUCAACAACAACAAUUGUUCUAUCUUCAACAACAACAGCAGCAGCAACAAGCACAAAUUCAACAACAACAUCAACUAAUGGAACAGAAUAAUUUACAAUUAAACGAUUAUUUUCUCAUCAACAAUCCUCAUUUAUAUAACAACAGUCAUUCAACAUCAGACGAUGGUAGCUCAAUGCUUGUACAACAGAAUGCAAUGCAACAGCAAAUUAUUAUGACAAAUAAGCCGAUUGUGCCAAGACAACAGAAUAACAUCGGUGAGUUGUCGAUGGUACAAAAGAAUAAUCAUAAUAGUAACAAUAAAAAGCUUAAAGAAUCACAUAAGAUUAUGCCAGUUAAACGUCCUGGUUUGAAGCUUAAAACGCCGAUUGCAUAUUUUGGUAACACCGAUCCAUCAGUGAUUCCAAUACAGAAAGAUGGAAUGGGAGUUUGUGAGAAAUGUGGUGCGAUUGGUGUUAAGCACGCUUUCUAUACGAAAGAAAGACGAUUUUGUAGUUUAAGUUGUGCUCGUGGUUUUGAAGAGAUUGCUGGUGAACAAGCAGCAACAUCAGCAAUAACUUCAGCGUCAUUCACUCAAGGAAAGAAUCUUCGAAGAAGUCAGCAACAUCAGCAACAACAUUCAACACAAGGAACUUAUAAAUUCAAAACGGAUCAACAAUCAACAAAGGCAACAGAAAUGACUGAAUGUAAAGAUGAACCAUUAAUUAAUCAACCGAUUCUUUAUCAAACUGUGAUGCCACAAGAGCCAGUUCCACAAAUUAUAAAGCCCACCAUAACUAACACAUAUGAAGAUCGUCAUCAAAGCAUACGACGAAAGCCACCAAAUGAAUUCGCCAAUUCUUUCGAUUGGAAUGAGAUUAUUAAUAAAGAGAAUUUCUUCUCAGCUCCAGUGACGAAUUUUUCUCAUACGCCUGGCUAUGAUAUUUGGUCGGAUAUUGUUGUGGGAAUAAAAGUAGAAGUUGAGAAUUUGGACUAUAAAGAUAAUGAACAUUUGUCAUCAAGUCAUUCAGCAACUCCGUUUUGGAUUGCGACAAUUAUAAAAAUUCAUGGAUACAAGGCAAAGUUAAGAUAUGAAGGAUAUGAGAAUGAUGAUGCUCAUGAUUUUUGGGUGAAUCUUUGUACGACUGAAGUUCAUACUGUUGGUUGGAGUGCGAUGCAAGGACGACAACUCAUUCCACCAAUGAAAAUUGAAGCUCGAAUCAAAAACAUGAAGAAAUAUUUAAUUAAAUCACUUCAUCAUGCAAAGACCCUUCCUGGAAAUUUCUAUAAUAAACUUUAUGACAGUUUUCGGUCGCGUUUUGAGACUGGCUUAAUACUUGAAGUUGUCGAUAAAAGUUGCAUCUCACAAGUCAAAUUAGCACGAAUUAUGAAGAUUGUUGGAAAACGUUUAUAUGUUCAGUACUACGACUCGUCUGAAGCUGAUUCAGGAUUUUGGUGCCACGAGGAUUCGCCAUUAAUUCAUCCAGUUGGUUGGGCAACAACUGUCGGUCAUAAAUUAAGUGCACCACCAGAUUAUAUCGAACGAAUGAAUCUCGCACGCGAAAGAAUUCUCGAUCCAAAUGAUGAUGACGCCACAAUGGAUUUAUUUAAACUUAAUUUCCUUUACGAAGAAUAUUUUGAUUCAUCACGUGAUGAUAAAGUGACAGCAUUUUGUGAAGGAAUGAAACUUGAAGCAAUUGAUCCAUUGAAUCUUUCAUCAAUUUGUGUCGCGACUGUAAUGGAAGUUCUUAAGUUCGGUUACAUGAUGAUUCGGAUUGAUUCUUAUGCACCAGAUGCGACAGGGUCUGAUUGGUUUUGUUACCAUGAAAAGUCACCUUGUAUCUUUCCAGUUGGCUUUUGUAAAGCAAAUGGCAUUCCACUUACACCUCCAAAUGGUUAUCAUAGAAACAGUUUCAACUGGAAUAAUUAUCUUGCUGAAACGAAGUCAAUACCGGCAAUGGAUCAAGUGUUUCAUCGUUUUUCAUCAAAUCAUGGCUUCAAGACUGGAAUGAAACUUGAAUGUGCUGAUCUCAUGGACCCGCGAUUAGUUUGUGUCGCCACAAUUUCCCGUGUCGUUGGACGAUUACUGAAGAUUCAUUUUGAUGGAUGGGAAGAAGAAUAUGAUCAAUGGCUUGAUUGUGAAUCACCAGAUAUUUAUCCAAUUGGCUGGUGUGUCACUGUUGGACAUAAACUCGAAGGUCCAUUGUCUAAUUCGGGAAAGUCUCAACUUAUGCCAAUCAAAGUCAUACCAAAAUCCAGUGCGAAAAAACAAAAUAAAAAAAUAACGAAAAGAAAAUCGGGGAGUAAUGAACGUUAUAUCGUGCAACAAUCAGUUCAAAAACAGUUCAAUUCAUCAUCAUCAGCAUCGACUCCUUCAACCAGCACACCAAGUCUGCCAAUUACAUUCAUAAAGCAAGAAAGUAGCAAUUCUAACGAGUACGGUAAUUAUACAAUUAAACAAUCAUCAUCACAAAAUCUCUUCGGAGGAUCAAUUAUCAAGGGAGAAUCAUCAGAAACUAGUAUUAUUAAUUUCAAAAAUCUCCAGAAGAAUUUGGAAUUUAUUGAACAGCAGAACAUUGGUUUUCGACAACAGAAUGUUCAAGGAUAUGUAGUUGAUGAUAGUGAUGAAGAUCAGAGUCAGAGUGGACUAGUGUUCGACGAUGACGAAGAGGAUGAUAUCAUAUUGUCGCCUAUUGAAUGGGAUUGCAACGAUGUCAUUGAUUUCCUUAAAAGAAGCAACUGCAGUCAACACUGUGAACAGUUUAUGAAGAAUAAAAUCGAUGGAAAGAAACUGCUUCAACUGACUCAAAACGAAAUUAUGGACAUGCUUGGGAUGAAAGUUGGACCGGCAAUUAAAGUUUAUGAUUUAAUUCAGCAAAUUAAAGCGAAUGUUGCUACUGUAAUGAACACAAGUGGCAUGAAAUGAUGAGAGAUUUCAUUAUUAACAAAUAAAUUUUUAAUAAUAAUUUUUUCGUAAUUAUCAGAGAAAAUUUUCGUCCGCUAAAAAAGCAAAUAAACAUCCGCGAAGCAUUGUUUUAAGUGAUUUUAGGUAAAAUUAUUGAUGAGAUAUUUUUGAUUGCUUUGAACUUACAAGAACGAACUUAGGAUUCCAAAAAAAAAUGAAAAACAUUUAUUUUUCUUUAGUACGAGUACUUCUCUAAGGAAUAUUAAUUUUUCGAAAGAAUUUUAGUGUCAUAAGAUAUUUUUUUCCCUUUUUUCUGCUCAUUUCUAGUUGGUAAGCUUACUUUUCUUUUGGGAGUAAUUAGUGUGAAGUUGAAGAUAAUUUAAAAAUAACAAGAAAUUUUAUAAAGAACGAAAUCAAGCGCCAUAAAAAUUAACGAGAGUGUUUCUUUUUACCAUUUUUAAGCAAUUUUUUUUUCCUUUGAAUUCCCGAUUUUCCUCUUUUGUUUUCUUAAAAUUCAAAGAAAAGCGGUGAGUGGGUGGAUGAAAAGAAAGAGAAGAAGAAAAAAAGGAAUCGCAAUCUCUCGAGAGUGAUUCUUCCUUCGAUUGCUUAAGAAAAGGAAAAUACAAACAAAAGAAACAAAAUAUGUAUGAACUACAAUUAAAAUUAAUUGAUUUAAUCAGGGAAAUAUAAUGCUGAGUCACACACAAUCCCAAAAAGAAAAAGAAGGAAACAUAAGAUGAAGAAGAAAACAAAUUGAAUGCCAUUUAAUGAAAUCAAAAAACAAGAUGAUAUCGUAACGCAAAUUACGGUCUCGACGCUUAACAAUAAAAACAGAAAAAAGAAGCAAAGUGAACAUGUUUCAAUAUUUUGAUAUGGAAAAUUAGAUUUAAAUACAACACAUUGAAGAUGAUAAGGAAAAUUUUGGAUUUUCUCAUUUCAUUUUGUAAAAUAAAAUUUAAUUAGCGAUUAGUUGUCGAUUUUUUUUUGUCAUAAGGAUUUAUAUAUUGAUGAUAAAAUUGUAAUAAGUAACAAAAUGAAAAAGUUAAAUCAUUAGAUAACGUUUAAUCUAUUUUUAUAUUUACACAUUAAAAAAACGGAGAAAAAGAAUGAGAAAAGUGUGAAAAUGAAAAAGAAUUGCAAAUAAUGAAAAGUUUUUCUUUUUCUUUUGUGCACCGCUUUGUUUAAUUCAAAUCAUGAAAGGAUUUUUUUUUGUGUUUCUCAUUUCUUUGUUUCUCACUGUUUCAAUGGUAAUGAUUCCAGAUUUAAAACAUUCUAACAGAGAUGAUAAGGAAAUGAAGAAAGAAAAAACUGUAAAAAGAUACAAAAAGAAAUUUUAAAAAGAAAAUUGAAUAAAAUCU